AAAAAAAUCGAAGCAACUGAUUCCGCCGCAGCCCGUUUUUAUUUUAUUUUAAUUAAAACACCGCGCCUUGUAUUCUUCGCGCAACGAACAAACAAACAAGCACACAAGCCGCACCAGAACCAGAAACGCUGUGAUAGAUACGACCAAUUUCGCCUGUGAAGUUUGUGCUGCGGCGGCGACGCCACGAUUUUGUUUGUUUGUUUGCUGGCCAACUUACGUGAUACGGGCGGAGGUGAAAACUAAUUCAUUUGUGAUCACUUUGAUCGAUUUGGCCGCGGCCGAAACUGGACAUUCGCAAUUGGGCGGCCAGCCGCCCUCGCCCCCUCCUGACCGCCAUUGGACGCCGCUGCCGUCGCCAAGCGGGUGACGCACGUCGGUCUGCCACACUUGGAAGACUGGAAGCAGACCGCCGCGCGCACGAGAAGCAACAAGUAAACAGCCCGGGCCCGGAACAAGCCAAACAUACGCAAACGCACCAAACCAUACGCGCACCUGGGAAGGCCCGGGUGUGCUCGGGGUGCGUCCGCAUGUGGUGGCGUUGGCGGCACUCCGAUCGAAGCUAUAGAACCGUGUCCCGAAGUGACCUCAUCGCAGCCAGAUUCCAGAGCUUGAUUCCCGUGCGAGAGAGACACACUUGCUGAUUCCCCAUUCCAGUUCCUCCUGCAGGCCGCAGGGUAGGAGCCACAGAGCAACGGGAAGUAGCAGCUAACCGGCGAACCUGCCAUGGAUGUGGAACGAAGAAGACGGGCGAACACGCUCGAGCGCGAGAUGCGCGAUCCGACCAGUAUCUGCAAUGUGGACUGCCUGCUGGACACGGUGUCGGCUUUGGUCAGCGAUUGUGACCACGACUCGCUACGACGGCUCAAGAACAUCGAGCAGUAUGCGACCAAGUACAAACCCCUGGCACUGCGCAUCAACCAGCUGCGCAUGAAUGUGGAGGAUUUUGACUUCAUCAAGCUGAUUGGCGCCGGCGCCUUCGGUGAGGUGCAACUGGUGCGGCACAAGUCCUCUAGCCAGGUGUAUGCCAUGAAGCGGCUGUCCAAGUUCGAGAUGAUGAAGCGUCCGGACUCGGCCUUCUUCUGGGAGGAGCGUCACAUCAUGGCGCAUGCCAAUUCCGAGUGGAUUGUCCAGCUGCACUUUGCCUUUCAGGAUGCCAAAUACCUGUAUAUGGUGAUGGACUUCAUGCCCGGUGGCGACAUAGUUUCCCUGAUGGGCGACUAUGAGAUACCAGAGAAGUGGGCCAUCUUCUACACAAUGGAGGUGGUGCUGGCGCUGGACACCAUCCACAACAUGGGCUUUGUGCAUCGCGAUGUCAAGCCGGACAAUAUGCUUUUGGAUAGCUACGGUCAUCUGAAGCUGGCUGACUUUGGCACCUGUAUGCGCAUGGGUGCCAAUGGCCAGGUGGUGUCCAGCAAUGCGGUGGGCACACCGGACUACAUCAGCCCGGAGGUGCUGCAGUCGCAGGGCGUGGACAAUGAGUAUGGACGGGAGUGUGACUGGUGGUCGGUAGGCAUCUUCCUCUACGAGAUGCUCUUCGGUGAGACCCCCUUCUAUGCGGACUCCCUGGUGGGCACCUAUGGCAAGAUCAUGGACCACAAGAACUCGCUCAGCUUCCCGCCCGAGGUGGAGAUUAGCGAACAGGCCAAGGCCCUCAUUAGGGCUUUCCUCACGGACCGGACACAGCGCCUGGGUCGCUAUGGCAUCGAGGACAUCAAGCAGCAUCCGUUUUUCCGCAACGACACGUGGUCCUUUGACAAUAUCCGCGAGAGUGUGCCGCCAGUGGUGCCGGAACUCUCCUCCGACGACGACACGCGCAAUUUCGAGGACAUUGAACGCGAUGAGAAGACGGAGGAGGUGUUUCCCGUGCCCAAGGGCUUUGAUGGCAACCACCUGCCCUUCAUCGGUUUCACAUACACCGGUGACUAUCAGCUGCUGUCCAGCGACACCGUGGAUGCCGAGUCCAAGGAGGCUGCAGCAGCGGUAAACAGUGGCAGCGGAACGGCAAGCAACAAUCAUGCCCACGGCCAUGGGCCGGGACAGGGGCAUAACCACCGCCAUAGGCCAUCGAAUUCCAAUGAGCUGAAGCGUCUGGAGGCGCUGCUCGAACGGGAACGCGGCCGAUCGGAGGCGCUGGAGCAGCAGGACGCCGGGCUGCGGCAGCAGAUCGAGCUGAGCACAAAGCGAGAGGCCGAACUGCAGCGGAUUGCCUCGGAGUACGAGAAGGAUCUGGCCCUGCGCCAGCACAACUACAAGGUGGCCAUGCAGAAGGUGGAACAGGAGAUCGAGCUGCGCAAGAAGACCGAGGCGCUGCUGGUGGAGACGCAGCGCAACCUGGAGAAUGAGCAGAAGACGCGGGCGCGCGACCUCAACAUCAAUGACAAAGUGGUGUCCCUGGAAAAGCAACUGCUCGAGAUGGAGCUGAGCUACAAGACCGAGACGGAGCACACGCAGAAGCUGAAGAAGCAGAACGCCGAGCUGGGCUUCACGCUCAAGUCACAGGAGGAGAAGGUGCGCGACAUGGUCGAGAUGAUCGACACGCUGCAGAAGCACAAGGAGGAGCUGGGACAGGAAAACGCCGAGCUGCAGGCCCAGGUGGUGCAGGAGAAGAACCUGCGCUCGCAGCUCAAGGAGCUGCAGAAGGAAACCGAGAACAAGAUGCAGACGCUGGCCAACGACAUCGAGCGGACGCUGAGUCGCGAGCAGAAGGCCCAGGACGACAACCGGGCGCUGCUCGAGAAGAUCAGUGACCUGGAGAAGGCCCAUGCCAGUCUGGACUUUGAGCUGAAGGCGGCCCAAGGCCGCUACCAGCAGGAGGUCAAGGCCCACCAGGAGACGGAGAAAUCCCGGCUCGUAUCGCGCGAGGAGGCCAACCUGCAGGAGGUGAAGGCGCUGCAGUCGAAGCUGAAUGAGGAGAAGUCUGCCCGCAUCAAGGCCGACCAGCACUCGCAGGAGAAGGAGCGUCAGCUAAGCAUGCUCUCCGUGGACUACCGCCAGAUCCAACUGCGCCUGCAGAAGCUCGAGGGUGAGUGCCGCCAGGAAUCGGAGAAGGUGGCUGCCCUGCAGUCGCAACUCGACCAGGAGCACAGCAAGCGUAAUGCCCUGCUCUCGGAGCUCAGUCUACACAGCUCGGAGGUGGCCCACCUACGCUCCCGCGAGAACCAGCUGCAGAAGGAGCUGGUCGCACAGCGUGAGGCAAAGCGUCGCUUCGAGGAGGACCUCACCCAGUUGAAGAGCACCCAUCACGAGGCGCUGGCCAACAACCGGGAACUGCAGGCGCAACUCGAGGCAGAGCAGUGCUUUUCGCGGCUGUACAAAACGCAGGCGAACGAGAACCGCGAGGAGAGUGCAGAGCGGCUGGCCAAGAUCGAGGAUCUCGAGGAGGAACGCGUCUCGCUCAAGCACCAGGUUCAGGUUGCUGUGGCACGUGCCGAUUCCGAGGCAUUGGCCCGCUCCAUUGCCGAGGAAACGGUGGCCGAUCUCGAGAAGGAGAAGACGAUCAAGGAGUUGGAGCUGAAGGACUUUGUGAUGAAGCACCGCAACGAGAUCAAUGCCAAGGAGGCGACACUGGCCACGCUCAAGGAGGCAGAGGCCGAGCUGCACAAGAAGCUCGGCCAGAAGGCCGUCGAGUGCGAGGAUCUAGUGCAGCAGCACAAGAAGCAGCAGGAGGAUCUCGCCCAGCUGAGGGGCAGCAAGGACGAGGAGAUUGCCAAGCUGCAGGAGAAGUGCAAGAACGAGGUGCUGCUCAAGCAGGUGGCUGUCAACAAGCUGGCCGAGGUGAUGAACCGUCGCGACUCCGACCUGCCCAAGCAAAAGAACAAGGCUCGUUCCACUGCCGAGUUGCGCAAGAAGGAGAAGGAGAUGCGACGACUACAGUUGGAGCUGUCGCAGGAGCGAGAAAAGUUCAACCAGUUGCUGCUCAAGCAUCAGGACCUGCAACAGCAGUGCGCCGAGGAGCAGCAGCUCAAGCAGAAAAUGGUCAUGGAGAUCGACUGCAAGGCCACCGAGAUCGAGCAUCUGCAGAGCAAGCUCAACGAGACGGCGUCCCUGUCCUCCGCGGACAACGAUCCCGAGGAUAGCCAGCACUCCUCUCUGCUCUCCCUCACACAGGACUCGGUCUUCGAGGGCUGGCUGAGUGUGCCCAAUAAGCAGAACCGGCGGCGUGGUCACGGCUGGAAACGGCAGUAUGUCAUUGUCUCGUCCCGGAAGAUCAUAUUCUACAAUUCGGACAUUGAUAAGCACAACACCACGGAUGCCGUGCUCAUCCUGGACCUCAGCAAAGUGUACCAUGUACGCAGCGUUACCCAGGGCGAUGUCAUACGCGCCGAUGCCAAAGAGAUUCCGCGCAUCUUCCAGCUGCUGUAUGCCGGCGAGGGCGCCUCCCAUCGUCCCGACGAGCAGAGUCAGCUGGAUGUGAGCGUGCUCCAUGGUAAUAGCAAUGAGGAACGCCCCGGCACCAUUGUCCACAAGGGUCACGAGUUCGUCCACAUUACCUAUCACAUGCCCACGGCCUGUGAGGUGUGCCCGAAGCCGUUGUGGCACAUGUUCAAGCCGCCGGCGGCUUACGAAUGCAAGAGAUGCCGCAACAAGAUACACAAGGAGCAUGUGGACAAACACGAUCCUUUGGCGCCCUGCAAGCUGAACCACGAUCCGCGCAGUGCCCGGGACAUGCUGCUGCUGGCCGCCACGCCCGAGGAGCAGUCGCUGUGGGUGGCGCGAUUGCUAAAGCGUAUCCAAAAGAGUGGAUACAAGGCCAACUCGUCCAACAACAAUAGCACCGAUGGCAGCAAGAUUUCGCCCAGCCAAUCGACACGCUCCUCCUACAAGCCGUAUGCUGUCAAUGUGCAACGCUCCGCCACGCUGCCGGCCAACUCAUCUCUAAAAUGAAAGCCCGCCUGCCUGCUCCAUUCCGAUCCCAGAUCGGGAGCAGCGAAACCAACAGCCUGUGCAAAACUGAUAUACUGAUACGACUUACUCCACUGACAGAGCAGGAGGAGAGGAGAGGAGAGAGAGCAGCAGCAGCAACGAGUGCAGCUACAACUACUGUCUUAAAUUAACGCUCUAAAACCAACAUAAUAUGCUAAACAAACAUGCUAAAGUAAUCUUAAAACUAUUUUUUGAUUAAUUUACAAGCUAAAAACUAAAACGAUAACUGAAAACUAAAAACUAAAAGCUAAAAACAAUGAGAGGGAAAACUAAUACUAAAAAUCAACUACAAGUAUACAUGUAAAGCCAAUGUAACGUCGUCUAACGCUUAUCUAACAACAAAAACAUAUUGAGAAAAUAACGAGAGAUCAGGAAAGAAUCGAAAAGUAACGAGAUAGAGAGAGAGAGAAAGUAACUAGAGAUCAGGAAAAAGAAUUGAAAAGAAAAGAAAUGGAAAAGAGAGAUGGCAACGAGUGGUGGUGGCCAUGGAUAAAACCCCAAUAUGUAUGUAUUCUAUAUAUAUAUAUAAUUAUAAAUGCGAUACUGUGUAUGCUAUUCCAUGGCAAGCUCUCUCUGCAUUCUGUAAACUGCAUUCUGCAUACUGCUCAGCACAACAAUGACGAGAGCUGCUGUUGUACUCUUAGUUAAGUGAACCAAGUCGGAGACUCUCCCCUCACACACACACAUCUUGAUGCCUUGUAAGAACUUUUUUUUUAU